UUUUAGAAUAUAUUGUUUAAAAAUCCCUCUCCCAAAGAUCGGUUUAUAAGAUACUAAUAAUAAUAAGCAAUUUUUACGCUAAUUUAAUAUAUACAAUAGUUCGGGCUUUUAAUUUUUAAGUAAUUUUUUCAAUUUUACCGUUUUUAUUUUAUUUUUAAGGAGUCAAAGAAAGUGGCUUACAAACAAUGCUUAUCAGAAAAUUAUUAGUCUGUCUGUCUAUGAAACUUAUUAAUAAAAUUCAAUCGUAGAAUACCGUCGAUCUCGCGAAAGUAACCAUGACGUUUAAAUUGCGACGGAUUGAGCGGCAGAUGACAUAAUCGAUUCGGCUAACGAUAAGAAAUUGCAUGAAUUUAUUAUUAAUUUAUAUCUCUGCCUUCCUUUCGAUACUUCCAGAAUUUUUAUCCGUUUGCCUCAUCUCUUGAUUAAUCCCAGUACUCUGCAGUGCGGAUGCGGGUUCACGGCUUGCACUUAUCGUCUUCUGUUAUAUGACCUGUUAUUUCAUACUUUCACUUACCCAUUCUUUCAAACAAAGCAAAAUAUUACGUAAUAUUUUUCGGAAUAAUUUUUAAAUACGAACAUACGAUCCUUACAUCAAAAUAGAUUUAAUUAUAAUUUAAAAAGUACUUGAAAAAUUAUUAUAAUAAAUCUUUAUAAGUUAUGAAUUAUCUUAUACAAUAUUAUUUUUAUAUAAUUGUUUCAAAAAACAUAAAAUCUCUUAAAAAUCAAAUAUUUCUAUUCAUUUGGAUAACUUUACUUAUAACAGUCAGAUAUUAAAUUGAAUAUAAAACCGCAUCCAGAUUUGUGUUGUAUCACUGUAUCGUAUCAUGAUUGCGUAUCAUGAUCAGCCAAGUGUGGACGGGGUGCCGUAUCGUGUCUGCGUAUCGUAUCUUCGUAUCAAGGCGAUACGCAGGUUCUGCCUUCUGCCUCGAUCUGACGUAGCAUGGCUCGUUUUAUUCAGUCAUAUUGCUUCGUGCCUAGCGGUCGCUUCAUGUCUGGUCGCAAUGGAGUGGUCACAAGAAAAAGUGAUGGAAUUAAUAAAUUGUUAUAAACAAAAUAGCAUUCUUUGGAAUCCAAAGGAUCCGUAUCAUUUUAAUCGCUUAAAGAAAAAUGAUGCUUGGGAGGAAAUCGCGCGUGACACUGGAAGAUCGGUCGAGCAUUGCAAAAAGAAAAUGGUAUAUCUUCUUUCUGCUUUAAGAAGAGAGAAACUGAAGAUGAAAAAGAGCAUGGGAAUGGGAAAAAGUGCAGACGAGGUUUACAAGAGUACAUGGUUUGCAUUUGACAGCUUAAAGUUUCUCUUGGACAAAAACACCACCCGCCUGACUUUUAACACUGUAAAUAUUUCGAAAAAAAUUGCUCCGAGUCAAACGCCACCAUCUUCUGUAAUUCUAGGCAAGAGAAAGACUACAAUGGAAGAUAAACGCAUCGACAAAACUUUUGAAAUUCUUCAAACAAGCAGUCAGGCUAUACAAGAUGAUUGCCAACACUUUGGAAAUUUGAUUGCGGCCAAAUUAAGGAAAUUUAGUGAAAAUGUGAGAACAAAUCUGGAAAGUGAUAUUAUGGAGCUGUUUGUAAAGGCAAACAGAGGGUUUUACAAUCUUCCAUCUACGUGCAAUUAUUUUCUACGAGAACAAAUGCCAGCCACACACCAGACAAAUAAUUCUGCACCUGAGACAAGUCAUCUGUCUUCUCAAUGUAGUCCUUAUGCUACUACCCUUUGAGCCUGUAAAUGCUUUUAGCAUUUUUUCUCCAGCCAGUGCCAUGUCAUCAGAAGACAGCUUUAACAUUACCGAGCUGCUAUAAAUACAUGCUUAUCUAUUUUAUAUUUUUGAAAAUUGAACAUUUUGAGUAUGAACUUCAUUAACAAUUUCGAAAAAUUUAUUGAGUCAAUGUUUUCACAUUUAAUUACAUAAUUUUCAACAAAUUAAUUUUUGUUCGAGUCUGUAUCUUAAACUUUUCGUACUGUAGUUAUUAAAAAAAUGUAAAAUAAAGUAUUAAAAAUAUUUCACUAUAUUUUAAUUACAUACCUGAAUGUAAUGCUUAAGUUUAUCAACAAGAGCAGAACAAACUUCGGGGACGAUUUCACUGAUUGUUUGAAGACUUUAAACAGGUACUGUAGCUUGCAUAAGAAUCGCCAGUUGCCAAAAAGCGAAAAGUUAUGGCUAACCUUUUUUUGCAGGCUUUCCUAUAUAUGGUGUCUUUUUUGAAAAUCUGCUUUCCCACCAAAUUUAUCAGGUAAAAUUCAGCGAACGACAUCUUUGUGAAGUUUUUGUACUGUCCACUAACAGAUUGAAACUUUAAGUCGUGUAAUAAACUUGAGCCACUAUACACUUCGCAAAAACUGUUUUUAUCUGCCACUGCCAUGAUUUCAUUUCAUGGUGAUUUUCAUUUUCUUCUUCAAUGAAUAAUGAAGAAAAAUGUAGCUAGCAGUAGCUAAUUGUACAAAGAAAGACAUUGUCUCCACAGCAGGCAACGUGGAGGCAGGAGCUAAAGAUACGGACGUAUUAGAUGGAAAACAAAAAAAAAAUACAGAUGCAGGAUACGGAUAUGUGUUGAAAACAAGACCUUGACAUAUCAUCAUAACCAGUAUAUCCGUAUCCGUAUAUGAUAAGAGGCGAUCAUAUGAUACAGUGAUAUGACACAAGUCUGGAUACGGUUUAAGGCUUACACGAAGGAAAUACAUUCAGUAAUUUUUAAAACUUACAAUAUAUAUAUAUAUAUAAACUAGAUUACUUUAAAUUAUUUUUAUAACACCAAAAAAAUACUAUUAUAUUUACUUUUUUCUAAUAUAAGUUUUAGAAAUUUAUUCUUUAAUUUUAAUGCAUAUUAGAAACAUUUAACGUGGGUAGGCUAAAGCACAGAGAAGAGAGAGUGUCACUUACUUAUUAUAGCUUCUU